AUGGAAAUCUUUCGGAUCUUUCAUAUCUCAGGACAAGAGCUAUUGAGCCUAGACCCGUGGCACCUUUUUGCCUUGCUUUUACCAGCCAUUGUCACCACAUUCAUUUGCAUUCGACUGAGAGGUCUCCACACUAAUGAUCUUCCAGUCCUCAACCCUAAGAACUGGUGGGAAUUCACAAAUCGCCGACGAAGAGCUGAAUUCAUAAAGGAGGGUAAAAGGCUCUUCACACUUGGUCGGCAGAAAUACCCAGAUUCACCGUAUAAACUUUACACUGAUUGGGGCGAGGUUGUUGUUUUGCCACCAGAGUGUGCGGAGGAACUGAAGAAUGACACGAGGCUGGAAUCCCUCCCUAUUGUUAGAGAGGAUGUACACAGUGCAAUCCCUGGUUUCGAAGGGUUUUGCCCCCAUGAUAGCGUGCCAUACAUAAUUACAAAAUAUCUGUCAAAGCCAGCACAAAAGUUCACCGUUCCGCUUUCUCAUGAAGCCUGCACUGUCUUGGAGGACGUAUUCAGUGCCCCGACAGAUUGGAUCGAGAUCGAUCCGAGAGCAGACUUGUAUAGAAUAGUCCUUCGUAUGAACACCAAGACCUACAUGGGUGAGAAGCUAAGUAGGGACGAUGAAUGGACCGAUGCUUUCACACAGUACUCACUUCUUGGGUUUGAAUUGUCCGAGAUAUUGAGAGCUUGGCCACUCUGGGCUCGAGGUGUAGUCCAUUGGUUUUUGCCAUCCUGCUGGGAGCUCCGCCGCAGGCUUGUUCGAGUACGGAAGCUUCUAGCAGCGCAUAAUGACCAUCGAGUGCGCUUACAGUUGCAGCGCCAGUGUGCGGGAGAUGAGUCUAGGUUCAACGACACAAUCGAGUGGUUUGAGAACGACCUCAAAGGACAACAGGAUAUUAUUGUUUUUCAACUGAACCUCGUUUUGGCCUCAGCUCAUACGACAUCUGACCUCUUGACGCAGGCUGUAAUAGGGAUUGCCGAACACCCCGAACUGUUUGGCUCCCUGAGGGAGGAAGUGAUUCAAGUCAUUGGUACGCAUGGCUGGGAAAAGUCAGGGCUUAACGAGUUGAAACGCAUGGAUAGUGUGAUCAAAGAGCUGCAGCGAUUGAACCCACCACUUCUAGUCAAUUUUCGCAGACGAGCCAUGGCAGACAUUGAACUUAGAUGUGGUAUUAACAUCAAAGCAGGAACUAGGAUUGUGGUUGAUGUCAUGCAUACGCUCAAUUCUUCUCUUGGUUAUAACGAAAAAGCAGAACAAUGCCUUCCAUAUCGUUAUCUUGAGAAGCGUGGAUCUCCCACUCAGCGCACACAAGCACAGCUAGUUGCCACAGGCGUUAACCACAUGGGCUUUGGACACGGCCGUCACGCCUGCCCAGGACGCUUUUUUGCUGCUCAAGAAAUCAAGAUCAUUCUUUGUCACAUGCUUCUGAAAUACGAUUGGAAGUUAAAGGGACAUGGGAAAUCACCAGAUUUAAGGGUAAAUGGGAUGACGGUGGUCCGAGAUACGACUGUCAGACUCCUCCUCAAGAGACGCAAAGAAGAGAUUGAUUUGUAA